AUGGCCGUUGGCGAUAGUAGCUUAGAGUCAUCUCAUCGCAUGGAAGAUUCUGGAAAACCAAUCAGAGUUACUGUUAUGUGGAAAGGAAACAAAUACACCGUAGAGAUCGAUUCCAGUGCAAAUCUGAAAGAUUUGAGUUACGAAUUGAGAAAAUUAACCGGCGUUACGGCCGAAACACUCCGCUUGAUCGUUCCUCGGCUGAACGAAAAAGGUUCAAAAUUGAUACUUCCUUUCUCUGAUGAACACUCAAACUUGAGCUUGCAGGAAUCUUCCAUAGUUGAGGAUAAAACAAUAAAAAUGAUGGGAGUAACUGAAGAAGAGGUCAAGGGAGUUCUAAAAGAAUCAAUCCCUGACAUGAGAAUACUCGGCUUUGAGGAAGAAGAGAGAAGGCUUAGGCAAAAGAAGUUCUCAAACACUUCAAUCAAGCUUCCACAAGGACCUUACAUCUUCUGCGGUUUCCGCACUCUUCAAAUCCCCGGUUUAGUGUUAAACCCUCCUGCUUCUGAUGCUUUAAAGAGAAUGCAUAUGCUUGCAGCAGACCCUGGUAUCAUCGCUGUUAUGAACAAGCAUCGUUGGAGAGUAGGGAUUAUGACAGAACUUGCCCCUGUUGGUUAUGUUGGUGUUAGUCCACGAUGCCUUCUAGGCUUUAACAAGAAUCAAGGAGAGGAGAUUUCUCUACGUCUUCGGACAGAUGAUCUCAAAGGAUUCAGAAAGUACCAGAGCAUAAAGAAGACUCUGUUGCAUGAGCUUGCUCACAUGGUAUACACGGACCAUGAUGAAAAGUUUUAUGCUCUUGAUAGUCAGUUGAACAAAGAAGCUGAAAGCUUAGACUGGACUAAAUCAAGAGGUCACACAUUGAGCGGAACGAGAACUACAAAUGAAUAUGAUGAGGAAGAAGACUUCUUUGAUGAGCAAGAAAGAGUUUCUCAGAGGCUUGGUGGAAAUCAAUCUGAUAAUCUUGGAAAUGCUCGUGAAUCGUCUGUUGCUGCUGCUUAUCGCCGUCUCUCCCACACAAGUGAAAACAAUGACGCUGGGAUUUCGAAACUUAGCCAAGAACCUGAUCCUGAUGACUUGGUUGAUGUUUGUGUUGAUUCUUCGAGUAAGUGUGAGCCUGAUCCUGAUGAUACCACUGAAGAAAACAAAUCUGCACCGGAACAUCACUCGGGAUCGAUUGAUAUCGUGAGUGAUGAUGAUAAUGCACAUCCUGCUGAAGACGAUGAUGAACCUGAUCCGGAUGACUCAGAAACACACAGAAGUAUCGGGGAAGUUGAAAACAUGGAAAUAUCAGAUGACACUGUAAUGGCGGAUGGGAAUCUGAAGAGUCCUCCUGCAGAUGAAACUAUGCAGGCCUCACUUGAUCUUAAUAACCUGGUGGUCACAGGGAGGGAAACAAUCAUGGAGGUCGAUGAGCCUGAUCCAGAUGAUCAAGAGAUUCAGAGGAUACAAGACCCUGUUACCAUCAUCUCUAACCGGCUCAAGAAAGCAAUAAAUGCCUUGGAAACUGAAAGUGAAGCAACCAAUGUGCUACAAAUGCUUCUCAAAAUAGUGAGGAACAUCAUUGAACAACCAAAUGAAGUGAAAUUCAAAAGGCUGCGUAAGGGAAAUCCUGCAAUUAAGCGCAAGAUUCUCAACUAUGCAGCUGCGGUUGAGAUCCUUUCCGUGGUUGGGUUUGUGGAAGAGAUGGUAUGGGAAAACACAGGAGCACAAGAAGCAUAUUUGGUACUCAAACGUAAUGACCCUGGCCUCUUGUGGAUUGCCAAGUCCAUGAUCGAAUCUCACAUACCACAGGUUCAUAGCUAA